CAUUUUCAAUCUGCCGGUGAGCCUGCAAACAAAUUAAACAAAACCACAUGCUAUUUGUUGAUUUGAUUUGAAAAUUCCGUUCAAGUGUAUUUCACAAAUUAGUGUUAUUUCGGUUGAGGAUUUGUUAUAAUUUAAAAAUACUACGUUGAUACUACUACUAUGGCCGCGGAUGCUGGUGAAGCACAGUUACAAGUCCGAUUUAUAACCAAGCAAGAACAAUAUGCAGUGUCGGACAGUCCGUAUGCUAUUCAAAGUAACAUUCAGUCAUCCGAGUUGAAUACACUCAUAAAUGCAUUGCUUAAAGAAACUAACCCAACCUUAGGAAAGGUGGUAGAAUUUGACUAUCUAAUAUGUGGCGAACUACUGGUGUCGACAGUCGCAGAACACUUGCAAGAGAAGGGUUUAUCAACUGAAGAGACAUUAGAGAUUGAAUAUUUGGAGAGAUUCCCUGCACCAAGCCCACAGGAUUGUUUGAUGCAUGAUGACUGGGUUUCAGCUGUUCACACACACGGAAAUUGGAUUUUAUCUGGAAGCUAUGAUAAUAGUGUCCACAUUUGGAACACAAAGGGCCAACACAAACUUGCCAUUCCCGGGCACACAUCACCAGUUAAAGCAGUCUCAUGGGUUUCAUUUAGUGGUGACCAAGCUGUAUUUGUUAGUGGCUCACACGAUCAAUCCACUAUGCUAUGGGUUUGGAAUGUCUCUGGGAACUCUGUAGAUUGUGUGGUGACAUGCAGAGGACAUGACAAGGGAGUGGAAUGUCUCUCAGUCUCAGCUGAUGCCAACCGCUUUGCCACUGGUAGCUGGGAUAAUAAUGUCUGCUUUUGGAGUACAAGUCUUUCUGAUGAGGAUAACAUUCCAGUAAAAAAGAAAAGUAAACCAGAACAAGGGAAAACUAGACAGCCACUAACAACCUUAAAAGGACACAGGGAGGCUGUCUCAGCAGUGCAAUGGAUGGACCAUAACACGGUAGUGUCCAGUGGAUGGGAUCAUUUGCUCAAGAUCUGGGAUUGUGAACUUGGUGGCAUCAAGCAAGAAAUUGUAGGGAAUAAAGCAUUUUUCGACGUGGAUUGGUCACCACUAAACAACAGUUUAAUAACAGCUUCAGCAGACAGACAUUUACGACUGUACGAUCCCAGAUCAACAGAUAGUAUUGUGAAAACAACAUAUACAUCGCACACCGGUUGGGUCCAGUCUGUGCGUUGGUCCAAAACCAGAGACACCAUGUUCCUAUCAGCGGGCUAUGACGGACAAGUGAAGCUGUGGGAGACAAGAAGUCCUAAAACGCCUUUGUACGAUCUAAGCGGGCACGAAGACAAAGUGCUGUGCUGCGACUGGAGCAACCCCUCGCUGCUCAUCAGUGGCUCGUGCGACAACACGCUGAGGGUGUUCAAAGCGAAGCACGCCACCGCCGGCUCGUGAAUGGUCAGCUGUGUUUAUUAUAGAAUAUAUUAUGUUGGCAGUA